UAAAAAGAGCAUCCCUGGAAGAAAAGGAAACAGAUCCUCUCCUGCAAAGAUCUUCUUUGAAGGAAAGGGAAACUGAAGAUUUCAAACAAAGACUAAACGAUGAACAACUUAAAUUGAGAUCAAAACUUAAAGAACAGCAAAGGGAAAUUGAGGCCUUGCAGCAAAGAUUAAGUUAUGAAGAAAUGCAACAUCAAAAUAGAAGAUCAGCUCUAAAAGAAAAGGACAUGAAAAUUAAAGACUUGCAGGAAAGGAUUGAAGACAUGAAAAAUAACGAACAGAAGCAACAUCACUUGAGAUCUUCUCAUAAGGAAAAGGAUAAAGAAAUUGAAGACCUCAAACGAAUAAUAAAGGAGAAGGAUGAACAACUUAAACUGAUAAGGAUCCAAGAGAAGGAAGUUGCUCAACAAAAGCAUAAACUGAGAUCUCUGAAAGACAAAGAAAAGGAAACUGAAGCUCUCAAACAAACAAUAAAUGAGAAGGAUGAACAGCUUCAAUGUACAAAAUCUGCAUCUAAAGAAAAGCAAAUGGAGACUGAAGCCUUGCUGCAAAGAGUUCAUGAGAUGGAAGCACAACUUCAAAUAUCAAGAUCUGCUCUACAAGAAAAAGAUGAACAGUUGAAGUCUUUCAAAGACAGAGUGGCAGGAGAAGUUGCUUUGUCAAUCAAAACAGGAAACACAAUGAGCCUCAACAACCCUGUUAAUAAGAACCGACUAAAGGAAAUGUAUGAAGACCUGAGGUGUGACUGGCCAAAAAUAAAAAAAAACUUAAAGUCAAACAACAAACAUCCAGAUUCUGUCAAAGAACUGAUUCUGAAAGAGUUCAGGGAGGCAAAAAUUGAAAUGAGAAACAGAAGAAUGAUGAUAGAUAAAGUGUUUGAAAAAGUGACGAAUGCUGGAGGAACCCCACAAAAGGUUGAUCAGUACCGACAGCUAACAGUUCAGAACCUGCAGAUGACUCUCUACAGUGAGAAACAAGAUGCUGGUUCACAGAAACCCGUUCUUGAAAAUGAAGCAGGAAAUCCUCAGGAUGUGUUGGAGUAUUUGGGCUCUGAAUGUUAUUGGCUUGGCUGCCUGAUGGCGCUGAACAACCCGCCUCUUCAGCCUGACUGGGAGAAUCACCCUCCGUCGAUGGAUAGAUGGGACUUGUUCCCCCGAAAUAUCACAACUGCCUCAGAAAAUGAGUGAAAUGAAAUUAAUCAAAAAAACAAAAUCACUUUCUACUUCUUUAAAUCUGUGAAAAAACGUAAAUGUGACAACUUUAACACAUCUUAAAGCUGCACCUUUUUAAUUUAGUUGAAAAUAGAUGUUUGGGAUUAUUGUUUUUAAAAGCUCAAUCAAACCUAAUAAGUUUGUUUAGUUGUAAUUUUUAAUUUUCAUAUCUUUUUUAGGCAUCAUAAAUUUAAAACUGUUUGGAUAUAUUAAUUUUGUGUAAUCAUCUGAGUUUCCUGUGAACCUCAGCAUCUUAUACUGAGAGAGACAAAUUGUAGUUCGACUUAGAAAAUAUUUUAUUUUUAAUUGAAGGGUUUUAUAUAAAUCUGUGCUACUGCUCAAUUACCAACAGGCCAGCAGUUAACAGGUUUGUUUUUAAGAUUAUAGCAAAAACAUCUAAUAAAUCUCAAUAAAUCUGGUUUAUUGUCUACAGAACAGUGUAAAUUCUAGAAAUUAAACAUGAUUAGAUACUUUCUAUGUGUUUGCAAACUGUUGAAUUUGGAAAAACAGGCAAAAUAAGAGUUUGAAUGGAC